CGUUUCCGGCGGGGCGAGCGCUCUUUCCGCCCGGGUGGCGGCAUGUGGCGGCGCGGGCAGGCAGCGCGCGAGGGGCGCGGCGCGCGGCGACGCCUGCCCCGCUAGCGGGGCGCGCGCUGCCGCCACCGCAAGGCGCGGGGCCGUGACCAUGCUGGGAGGGGACGAGUUCAUCAGCUCCCCGCCCAGGAAGACGGUGCGGUUCGGGGGGACUCUGACGGAUAUCUUGCUGAAGUACGACAAGGGCGAGACCACGGAUUUUGAGUUGUUAAAGCAUCAGCUGUCAGAUCCAGACAUAAAGGAUGCCCAGAUCAUUAAUUGGCUGCAUGAAUUUCGAGCUUCUGUUGCUUAUUUGACCAAAGAGCUUGAACAACUGGUCAGCAUUUUGCUGAAGCUGCCAUGGUUGAGAAGAAGCCGAGAGGUAGUGGAAGAAUAUCUGGGUUUUCUUGGCAAUCUGGUGUCAGCACAAACGGUCCAUCUUAGGCCGUGCCUCCGGAUGAUUGUAUCACAUUUUGUCCCCUCUCGAAUAACUAUCAGAGAAGAUGAUGUGGAUAUUUCAGAUUCUGAUGAUGAUGAUGAAAACCUUUCUGAAAACUUUAAUACGUGCCAUAGAGCAUUGCAAACUGUUGCAAGAUAUGUUCCUUCGACACCACAAUUUCUCAUGCCAAUACUUGUGGAAAACUUUCCUUUCAUUAAUAAAUCAGAAAGAACUCUGGAAUGUUAUGUUCAUAACCUGCUACGAGUUACGGUGUACCUUCCAACUCUGAGGCUUCAAAUUCUGGAGCUUAUUAUUGAAAAGCUGUUAAAGUUGGAUGUUAGUACUCCACAGCAAGAUAUUGAAGACGCUGAAGAAACUGCUAAUAACUCUGAUAGUGAGGAAAAAUCUACAGAGGAGGGACUUUUUGACAUGGAGGAAGAUGAAGAAAGAAAAGGAAACAAAGUUGUCUCUUCCAGUAGUGAUAGAAUGGCUCAUCCACUUGCUGAGCGCCUUGAUAUUUUGAUGACCAUCCUGUUUUCCUAUAUUAAAGAUGUUUGCCACGUGGAUGGCAAGCUUGAUAUCAACAACACAAAGGAUUUGUAUCGGGAUCUGGUUUCUGUUUUUGACAAACUCAUUUUACCAACCCAUGCUUCAUGUCACGUACAGUAUUUUAUGUUUUACAUCUGUAGCUUUAAAUUGGGGUUGGCCGAGGCAUUUUUAGACCAUCUUUGGAAAAAACUGCAUGAUCCAAACAAUCCUUCAGUGAUCAGGCAGACUGCUGGGAGUUAUAUUGGCAGCUUCUUGGCAAGAGCUAAAUUCAUUCCAGUUGUUACAGUAAAAGCAUGCCUGGAUCUUCUGGUAAACUGGAUGCAUAAAUACAUUGAUAAUCAAGAUACAGGGGCUAAUGCUUACUGUGAUGUAGCUCUCCAUGGGCCAUUUUAUUCUACAUGUCAGGCGGUGUUCUAUACACUUAUUUUCCGUCAUAAGCAACUUUUGGAUGGAAACUUAAGGAAAGGUCUGUCAUAUCUGCAGAGUUUAAAUUUUGAGCGCAUUGUCAUGUGUCAGCUAAACCCCCUGAAGAUUUGUAUACCCUCUGUUGUGAACUUGUUUGCUGCCAUUACCAGGAAAUACCAGUUGGUGUUCUGCUACACAAUUAUUGAGAGGAACAAUAGGCAGUUUAUACCAGUUGUUCGGAGUGGCACUGGGGGUGACCUUGUGCAGACAUGCACUAACCCACUUGACAGUUUCUUUCCCUUUGAUCCGUACAUGCUCAAAAGAUCAAAGAAGACCAUUGAUCCUCUUUAUCAGUUUUGGGAAGAGCUGAGUGCUGAAGACCUUGAGAAUCUGAAGAAACCCAUUAAAAAGGGUACUUCUGAAGAUGAAGAUGAUGACUUUUUGAAAGGAGAAACCCCUCAAAACGAUGGUGUGGUUGGAAUUGCUCCAAAUUCUUAUGAGUCAAAUACCCGGAGCCCAGUGAGCAGCAUUGGCUCCCCUCCAGACUGUUACGUGCCAUACCCUCAAUGACAUGGAGAAUCAGAAGUGAAAAGGUUGAAAAUUGUGUGCAAUUUUUUGCUCUGUAAAGAGACUUUAGCUCAACUUUCCGAACUGGCAAAUGUUUAAGUAACUACAUGUAAGAAAAAUUAUUGUUUCUUAAUCAUCAGAUUUCUACAGAUAUGUUAUGAUAAAGUCAUAUGUUGCUAGAAAAGCUUAGAGAAUAAAUAGGGUGAUAUUUUACAAAUUUCACAUUGAAAUGGUUUUUAUGACUUAGAAGGAUUUUUUUAUAGUUUUUCCUGACUCUUAAGAACUUUGUUUACUAAUGUUUCUCUACAAGGUUUUAUAUAUCAGGGGUGAAAUUCUGGUCUUUCUUCCUACUGAUUUGUGUGGGGACCAGAAUUCCAUUGUCAGUAUUCAAACUGCACUCUGAUGACUGUUUUUGAGUUAGUUUCAAAGUAAUGGUAUGAUCCCACGAUAGGGAAGCCAUGAAUCGAGUCUGACAGGGAUUCUUUUGCACACAUCUCUUAAGCUUUUCCUAUAUGUAGAACAGUAUUUGGUAAAGGCACUUGAUAGUGGAAAGUGUAUUCAGAUGAUAAGCAUUAUUGCUCCUUGAAUCUGUAGCUGACACACAACUUCCCCAGCUAUGAAAGUUCAGACUUUUACAAGUGACAAUUGUUGGAAGUGUUGAAAAUGAUAGAGUAGCUAAAUGUAUGAUUUGUAGAUAGUUUUCUUUGGGGUGCUUGUGAAGCACUCUGAGACAGGUAUUUAUUUUCAGGAUUUGAAGUUUAUAUGUGAAUGCUGAAAAUACAAAAAAAAUCUUCCCUCAUAGAAACGAAGUGAUGGUGUCACUGCUGUCCUUGUUUUGUCCAUGUGUCAGUGUAGUUUCUCUGCAUAGGUUUCUUGUCUUUUCAUGAUUGCUGGCUUUUAGAUUUGAGUAAGAAUAUAAACAGUGGAAGAAAUACAUGUUAUUUGUGUAACAUUUAGUUGAAAAUUUUAUGCAUUUGGGACUAAACUCUUAAUUGCCCUUCUUUAGAAUAUGAACUUGAAGGCUUUCAAGACAACAUUUUUAUUCAGAGCCAAUAAAGAUUGACGCAAACA